CGCAUGCGUGUUAGAUGUCUCACCUUAACCAAUGAAAUCGUGCGCUCGGAAAUUUAAACUGUACCACUGAGCUUCCUCGUGUUCGUUUGUUCCUGCGAAAAGACGAUUAUUUAUUUAGUUUAGUUACCUAGUAAACUAUGUGUAACAUUAACGAUGAACCGACAGCUUUAUAUUUUUAUGAUAACAGGCUUUUAACCUUUCAUGCUUGGCCAUUUCAGGAAGACUGCGUUUGUACUCCAGAGAAUAUGGCUAAGGCAGGAUUCAUUCAUGUGCCUUCUGAGAACUGUCCUGAUAUCGCCCAGUGCUUCUUCUGUCUGAAAGAGCUGGAGGGCUGGGAACCAGAAGAUGAUCCUGAAAAGGAACAUAAAGCACAUUCAUCAAGCUGCAAUUUUAUUGCAUUGAAGAAACCUGUGGAGAGUCUGACAGUGGAGGAGUUUCUCAGGCUUCAGAAAGAGAGGCAGAAAUUUAUCAUUCAUUACAGUUUCCCUUCAGUGCAGCUAAAAGGCCCCAGUGUGUUCCAGCAUGAUGUCCCUGUGCACAACGUGAACUCCAUACAGAUAUGAAUAUGGUUGUAGUGGAAGAACCGAAGUGAUCUGCUGAACCCCAACAAACAACUUGGGGAUGAAGUAAAAUGCUGACUACACACAGGGCUGAUAUGACCCUCUGACUUGUGGACACGCAUUUCUUCAGUGUGCCCAGAAAAAUAAAGGCUACUUUAACACCAAACAGAGGGAAAACUCUGGAAUGUUUUCGCUGGUAUAAGUGUGAUUGAUCAGUAUCCACAAACUUUUAUAUUUGCUGUAUUUUGUAGAUUAGCCACAAGCAUGGAUUUGUAUUGUUGAACAGUUCAGAAAGCUUGAUCAAAGAAAUCAUUUUAAAUUCAUGCACACACUUUCAUGUUGACAUUUUUUGCAUGUUUUAUUUUCUGAACGGAAAUGUUUCUUUUGCAUUUUUUUUUUAGACAAAUCUAAAGUUAAAGCAAAUUAAUUAAAUCUGAUUAUUUUGAAAGGCGAAGACGGAGAUAUAUUUAUUAAUUAAUAUCAUUUUCACGGGACCCGAUGCAGUAAAUGAGUAAGUGGUUCUGUUUAUGAAUAUGCUCAUGUUUAUUCAGAUCUAAUGCCUCCAAUUGGCGGAGAGUUUGGCGGACAUUUAAGCGUUUUCUAUGACGUUAUCAAGCAGACUCUCGGGGUUAACGCGACAAAGAUAUUAAAUUGCUUUUUUUUUUUUUUUGUAAUAUAGAAGGCUUUGAGAGGUGGUGCUCAUUAUCUCUGUAAAUGACGCCUUGUUUCUCCGCCUUGCAUGGCUUCGUCUCUAAUAAACAUAUUGCAUAAAGACUAA